ACGUCAUUGGAGCGGGUGGCCUAUAUUGUUUAAUGACUGAGGUGGCAAACAUUUUGAGUUCCUCUUAACGUAACGAAAUUAUUGAGCGCAGCGUUUCGUUUUCUUUAGAAUCAAAUUUUUGAUCGAAAGAUUUCAGUUCUAUGCAGUUAAAGUCACUAACAUGGUGUAGAACUUGAUCGGGACUACAAAGGAACUUCACUAAAAAUUUUGCACUAUUUUUGGAAAGUCUAAUGGCAGAUUAAAGUUGGAGUGUUGUUCAAAUGUUUUGGACGAUUGAACCAGAACUUCUGUCACAAAGAUUACAAGAUGGCCGUUAUUCAUUGAACUGAACAAACUUGACGCGAUAAUGGAAUCUUGUGAAAAAUCGUUAGAGGUCUUUCCGACGAGUUCCGAAGUUGAAGAACUUUAUGUCAUCUACAUUGUCAACUACGUCUUCAUUGGUGUUCUAUGCUGCACAACAGUCAUGUUUAACAUUGUAACUGUACAUGCGAUUAUAAAAACUUCCUCUCUGUCGAAGCCUUUAAAAAUACUGCUUCUGAGUCUAGCUGUUUCAGAUACAUGCGUUGGGCUUUUGGUUGAACCAUUUUACAUCGCCAUCUUUGUAAAGUGGUCGCGAUUUAAAAAUCCUACUUGCAUAACAUAUCUGGCGUUUCUAAACCUCACCAAUGUGUUUCUUUUAGCUUCUUUCUUUGGUGUUGUAGCCAUCAGCAUAGACAGGUUUUUGGCGAUUUAUCUUCACCUCCGAUAUCAGGAACUAGUGUCUCAAAAGCGUGUUAUUGUAGUGGUAAUUUUAAUGUGGCUUUUUUGCGCGGUUAUAUCGUCAACUAGUAUUUGGCGUAGUAGUGUGGUGUCUUCGCAGCUGUUCUUCGUUAUUGGGGUGGUGUGUAUUCUUAUUACAACCGUUGUCUAUAUCAAGAUUUAUGCAGUUAUACGUCGACAUAGAAACCAAAUUCAUGCACUUCAACAGACAACAACGCGAAAUGAGAGCAACAUGAAUUUUUCGAGCGCUAAGAAAUCUGCUAACGGUUUAUUUUUUGUCUAUCUUUUAUUAUUGAUUUGUUACGUACCUCGGGGAGUUUACUUCUAUACCAAAAAAUUUAACGGUUUGAAUACUACUUCUAAAAGUUUAGCCGUAUACUCUUUGACGCUGUUGUUCUUAAACUCAUUUUUGAACCCUGUUAUUUACUGUUGGAAGAUGAGACAUAUUCGUCAGGCUAUUGUGGGUACGCUGCGAAACAUAAGUCGUCGGCAACGAAACUCUAACACAGCUCCUUCGAUUCUAGAGGCAAGUUAUUCCAAAGCCUCAUAUCAAAUUUAGCUCAGGAGUGAUUGGGAGAUAUGUUUGUGCAGCUCACAUGAACUAUCAUUCCGUGGUCUACGUUAGAAACUACUUUCUGCAUCGACCAGAAAUGGAGUCCACAGUUAAAGACUUUGUUAAAUGGCAAGGGUCAUCGAUUCAGGAUAGAAAUAACACUUUUUAUGCAGAAGGGAAAAGAGAUUAAAAUAACGAGAAAAUCUUGAUUUGAGCAUUGUGCGAGAAAUAAUUAGCCGGUUUAGCUAAAAUGUUUUCCUAGUCCAGACUUUAUUCCAGAAAACCUUAGCAAUGACAUCCAUUAUGUAAAGAGCUUAAAAAAAACAUA